AUGGCCGUGCGCGGCGCCCACACCUUGACGCCCUUCUCCAUCCAGGCCAUCCUCAACAAGAAGGACGAGCGCGCCGCGCUGCCCGCGCCCGACGGCCGGCCGGCCCCCGCGGGCGCAGCGGUGGCGUUGGCCGCGGCGCCCGGCGUCUGCUGCUGGCGGCUCUUCGGGGAGACGGACGCGGGCGCGCUGGGGGGCGCCGAGGACUCGCCGCUGGCGUCUCCGGUGAGGACCCGGACGGCUGCGGGGCGCAGCGCGGAGAGCCCGGGCGGCUGGGACUCGGACUCGGCACUGAGCGACGACAACGCGCCGGGGGCCAGCCGAGCCGCCGCCGGGGCCCUGGGCCAGCCGCUCUGCCCGCUGCCCGACGCCAAGGACCUGGACGAGGAAGCCGCGGGCCGCAGCGACAGCGAGAUGUCGGCCAGCGUCUCAGGCGACCGCAGCCCGAGGGCGGAGGACGACGGUGUUGGCCCAGGAGGCGCCCGCGCUGCGGAGCUGUGCGGCGGCGGCGUUGGAGGCGGCGGCGGUGGGCCGGCGGGCGGCGCGGAGGAGGAGGAAGAGCCCGCGGCGCCCAAGCCGCGCAAGAAGCGCUCGCGGGCCGCCUUCUCGCACGCGCAGGUCUUCGAGCUGGAGCGGCGCUUCAACCACCAGCGCUACCUGUCGGGGCCCGAGCGCGCCGACCUGGCCGCGUCGCUGAAGCUCACCGAGACGCAGGUGAAGAUCUGGUUCCAGAACCGCCGCUACAAGACCAAGCGCCGGCAGAUGGCCGCGGACCUGCUGGCCUCGGCGCCCGCCGCCAAGAAGGUGGCCGUGAAAGUGCUGGUCCGCGACGACCAGAGACAGUACCUGCCCGGCGAGGUGCUGCGGCCGCCGUCGCUGCUGCCCCUGCCGCCCUCCUACUACUACCCCUAUUACUGCCUCCCGGGCUGGGCGCUGUCCCCGUGCGCCGCCGCCGCGGGCACCCAGUGA